GGUUCAUGGAAUUGCAGUCUGGAGGGAAAGAAUACUCGAACGGCUGAACGAGUGUAACAAGGGAAAAAUCUUAACGGACGAGGGCUAAACUACCAUAUUCAUGUUUUCAGAUUGAUUACCUCGUGUUCACGGAAAAUUUCGCAUAGAUUUAGGAGAUAUGUUCAGGCGAGUGGUGCGAGCGAGUAAGUUCCGUCAUGUCUUUGGCCAGGCAGUGAAGAACGACCAGUGCUAUGACGACAUCCGCGUCUCCCGGGUCACAUGGGACAGCUCCUUCUGUGCCGUCAACCCCAAAUUUGUCGCCAUCAUCAUCGAGGCCAGUGGGGGCGGAGCCUUCCUCGUCCUCCCUCUGCUUAAGACGGGUCGCAUAGACAAGGCCUACCCAACAGUAUGUGGUCAUACGGGACCUGUCCUGGACAUCGACUGGUGCCCUCACAAUGACCAUGUCAUCGCCAGCGGCUCCGAGGACUGCACGGUCAUGGUGUGGCAGAUCCCAGAGAAUGGGCUGGUCACCCCGCUGGCUGAGCCUGUGGUGGUGUUGGAGGGACACUCCAAGAGGGUGGGCAUCGUCACCUGGCACCCCACGGCCCGGAACGUCCUCAUGAGUGCAGGCUGUGACAACCUGAUCAUCAUCUGGAACGUGGGGACGGGCGAGGCCAUAAUCCAGCUGGAGGACAUGCACCCUGACGUCAUCUUCAGCGCCUGCUGGAGCCGCAACGGAGCCCUCAUCUGCACCGCCUGCAAGGACAAGAAGAUCCGCGUAAUCGAUCCCCGCAAGGAGAAGAUUGUGGCGGAGAAGGACAAGGCCCACGAUGGAGCGCGGCCUAUGAGAGCCAUCUUCCUGGCUGACGGAAACAUCUUCACCACCGGCUUCAGCCGCAUGAGCGAGCGGCAGCUAGCCCUCUGGAACCCUAAAAGCAUGGAGGAACCAAUAUCAGUCCAUGAACUGGACACCAGUAAUGGAGUGUUGCUGCCUUUUUACGACGCAGACACCAACGUGGUGUAUCUGUGUGGGAAGGGUGACAGUAGCAUCCGGUACUUUGAGAUCACAGACGAGGCUCCGUUCGUGCACUACCUCAACACCUUCUCCAGCAAGGAGCCCCAGAGGGGUAUGGGUUACAUGCCCAAACGUGGACUGGACGUCAAUAAGUGCGAGAUUGCCAGGUUUUAUAAACUACAUGAGAGAAAGUGUGAACCAAUCAUCAUGACAGUCCCCCGAAAGUCGGACCUGUUCCAGGAUGACCUUUACCCGGACACAGCGGGACCAGACUGUGCCAUCGAGGCAGAGGACUGGUUUGAUGGGAAGAACGGUGAGCCUAUCCUGAUCUCCCUGAAAAACGGCUAUGUCCCCGGAAAGAACCGUGACCUCAAGGUGGUCAAGAAGUCCAAUGUCCUGGAGGGCAAACUAGCCAAGAAAGCAGAGAACACCUCACCUGCCCAGAGCAAGGCCUCUCCACAUCCCUGUACACAAAAUGAAGGGAAACUGGAGGAGCUACUGCGAGAAGUCAAGUCGCUCAGAGACCUUGUCACCCUACAGGACCGCCGAAUUGCCAAACUGGAGGACCAGAUCUCCAAGGUUGCCAUCUAAGACUCGACCCCCGCUCAGGACCAUUCAUUGGUUGGGAGAGAAUCAAGUGUGCGGGGCCAGCCACUGGCAAAAUUGUAGAAUUCGGCUUCAUCAAUUCCGCUUGGCAUCUUCCCAGCGACGAUCCCAAGCACGCAUUCCAAGAUGAACUUUUUGUUUUCCUCAUCAUGCCUACCCUCACACUUUCCUCUAAAACACUUAGAGAAAAAACUGUUGCAAUUCAUAGUCCACUUUUUACUGGGAAUGAAACGCAUUUAAAUAUCUGCAAUUUUUUUUGUUGAAUGGAAAGUCUUACCAUUUUGUUAUUGUUUUAAAUUGUGGUCAAGAACAUUCUUAUGUGAAGUUUUUACUUAAUGCCAUACUCUCAACAGUUGUAUGUAACCAUCAGUAUUGCCAUAUUCCCUUGAUUUUUGUGCUGCCAAAUUGAAAUGGUGUGUGUGUGUGGUUCAUGCACCACUUUAAAAUUUUAGAUUUUUGUGUCUUCUCUCCUGUUGUGCAUUCCAGUUACAGACUAUACUAUCAUAGAAUAAUUUAGUCAAAGAUAAUAAUUAUUUUCAAACCAACUAUAGCUGUUACUGUUGCAAAAGAAAGACAAAAUAAAUCUGCAUUUCUUUUCUUUUUUUUUUUUUUUUUUUUGCCAAGCCAACUGCUUGUAUUAAGUAUCAGGUCACUGAAUGUGAAGGAAGUGCUUCUGAUCAUACUUUUAGCUUCUGCUCUUCUGGGUAUAGAUUUGAACAGUGGCGGUGUCUGGAGGCAGUGGGGUAAACUGCAGCUCUCGCUGGUGUAAAUGUUGUGUAAGUGUAGUGGUGCCUCCGUCACUCUGUGGCUGGUAUUAAGGGUCAAUCUGAGGUCCCCUCUCCGGUGUAUGUUGUGGCAUUUGGAAAGGACCACUCUCAGCACUUGUUUCACUCAAACCUUUGACAUAUAGUUCUGUGCAUGCAAUAAAGAUUUUACUCAUGCACAUGUCUUCUCCACAAUAAAUCCCUUAAAUUCUU